AUGCUCGAGCUAGGUCUACGAGAUUCUGGGUUGGGAGAGUCCAUCACCACGGAAGGAGAGCUAGACGCCUCGCUCAAAGAAGUCGUGAGCAAAUGUCUGGCCGAGGGCGAACGCCAUAGCCAAACAAUAAUCCCAAAGCAUGAGCAACAGCAGYAAGAGUCUCAUCAUGGUGCUGAGUCUACAGCCAAGGAACCAGACCAUUCAAAGCUAGCAUCGCAGCACGAUUCACAUAUCAGUCCGGCGUCUACAGUUGAGAAACCAAACGACCCCGAUGAUGCGGUUACCGGAAGUGGUGGUCAGCCCAAGGAUGAGGAUGCCACAGAAGGUGCCGCUCCCGAGAAGGAAGAUGAUGCUCCUUCUGAAAAGACUGCACCCGACGACGGAUCACGUAAAGCACUAAAAAACUUCCAUCUGGACGUGACCUGCCCAAAAUGCAACACCGAGAUCUGCUCCUCUGCGCCUGAACCUGAAAAGGACUCCGAGUCGGAAGCUGCGAAGAAGCCCGGUGACUCCAAAGACGAGUCGAAUGAGCCAGAGCCGGAAGAGCCUCCUACAGAUGGGCCUUAUAUCUUGUACAAAGCCGUCUAUGUCGACCCAGACGACGACGAUGACAUACUGUUCGACACCAAAUCUUACAAACCAACACCGCUUGGUGCUGCCGAAAGCGGUCAGCUCUCUCAUCCAGUCUUCGAUGUUGUCAAGAGAUACACUGCAGCUGCUCACGUGCCGCGUUGGGACAGAUACGAUGGACCUCUCAAGAAACCACCGCGAACCGACUCCAAGCCGAAGUAUUCUCUUGUCAUCCGAUCUCAGGCCAUCAUACGAGCUCUGCAAACGACGGUGCAGUUCUAUCCAGGAGUUGAUUUGUUCAAGGAUUCAAUCAAGAUCGACGAACCAUUCCAGAUGCUGAUCCACCACUACGAUGAUAUUGUGGCUUUCCGAGAUGCACGUAGCCCAGAGAAUCUCUGCGAAGGCGCAUGCGAGACGGCUCGGGACGCUCACGCACACAUGACCAUGUUGAUUGACUUCUUGGAGCAACUCAUCAUGCCCGAAGUCCGUGCAGAGCGAGCGAGGCACGAGAGAGGUGUUGCGACCUGGAACAUGCUCUGGCUUCUCCUUCGUCCUGGAACAGACGUGGCCCGACUAACAUUCUCCGGGGCUUCUACGACCAAGAGGAGCGCCACCUACAAUCGAGACGGUGCGAUCGUCCAAUCUAUAGAGCGCGAGAACAUGACGGAUGCUUCCUAUUGGGAGGUCAAGACCUGGCACUUGCGAUACAACGGKGACGUGAUUGGACGGGAAGAACACCGAGAGCUGAUACAUUAUUUCGAUGGAGAGAUGGAGCUCUCCCGCAUAUCCAUCCUGCCGAUUCACUAUGCGCCGAUGGCACCAAACAACACAAAUGCCAAAGAAUAUCUAACCAACAAGGGCAUGCAGUACUUCGACUUGCUGCGCCCACAAUGCAAGCAUCAUCGAGGCGAAACUCUCGAGUACCCAUUCCAGCAGAUCGAGGCUCAGGUUCAAGUGGACUUUCCGACAUUUUUCGACAGCCUCCCUGAAUUUCGUCCAGAUCUAUCCGAUCCACCCAAAGGACCACAAACCACACCCGGACCCGAUUGCGACUGCUCCUCUUGUAAGACAGGCCCAGUUGUCGAAAACUUGCUCCGAAAGUAUUCCAGCUACCAUGGCAUCAUACCAGAGGUUGGAUCCAGCCUGACACCGCACCAAUACUUUCUCUGUGGCCAGGCGGUAUGGGCGUACAUGUUCAAGAUUCGCGACUGGCAACUGCUCGAUGUUGCCAAUCUGUCCGAUGCCGAAUUUCGGCCCGAAAUGAUCAAUACUUUGGUCAUAGAUCCCAAACGUUUGAGGAUGCUCAAAGCUCUGUCUCAGAGCUUCAUGCGAGAAUCGAUCAACACAGGCGCCACUCUCUCCCAGCCAUGGACUGCGGACUUUGUCAAGGGCAAAGGGAAUAGUCAGAUCUUCCUUCUCCAUKGUCCGCCAGGAGUCGGCAAGACUUACACAGCAGAAUGCAUGGCCGAACACACUCGUCGUCCACUCAUGACCCUGACCAGCAGUGAUAUUGGUACCACUCCAGCAGAAGUGGAGAAGAGCCUCUCGGACAGCUUCAAGCUUGCCAAGAAGUGGCAGGCGAUUCUCUUGAUUGAUGAAGCAGACAUUUACCUUGAGCGUCGAAGUCUGACUGACCUGACAAGGAACAGCUUAGUCGCAUCCUUUCUCCGUGCUCUGGAGUUCUAUGAAGGCAUACUAUUCCUCACGACAAACAGGGUGGGAUCAUUCGACGAUGCCUUUGUCUCCCGCAUUCAUGUCAAGCUCCACUAUCCCGCUCUAUCGGAGGAAGACCGCGAGCAAAUUUGGGAUAACUUCAUCAACAAGCUCAAAGUCGAACGCGGCCAUGCCGUGAGAGUUAUGAGAGAUGUCAAAACGUACAUUACAUCUAACAAAAUUCGCGAGCUUAAACUCAAUGGCCGGGAGAUUCGCAAUGUCUUCCAAACAGCAGUCGGACUUGCAGAGUUUGAAGGCGAAAAAGACGAAGAAGGCAAGAUCAAGAUUUCGGAAGAUCAUCUGGCACAAGUUGCGGAGAUGACGGGUGAGUUCAAAAACUACCUGGAUGACUUGCAUCUUGCGGAUGAGGAGAAGAGGGCGCAGAAGUUGUUCCUGCGGAAAGACGAGACAUUGACGCCGGCGGCGACGCCGAGCAAGAGGUGA